AUGGAUGGGAAACUGCGAGAUUCGAGGACGACAGGUAUCCUUACACAAGAUGGCUUCGACAAUCUCGAAGAGGGCGAGGAAUAUACGAACGACGCGUACCGUAUUGCCGGACGUCGGCGGCAUCCUCGAGAGAGUCGUAGGCUCGACCCUGUCAAGGCCGAACAAGGUGUCAAACGUGAGAUUGGUAUCUAUAUCGGACAGGCAGCUGAGGCUGUCAGACUGCAGAUUGGCUUGACACGCCUCUACGUACAGACUGUAUCAUCACCUCUAGCCCUCAGUCUUCCUCUGCUUCAUCUUGUCGCCAUGGGUCUGAUGGCACUUUUUGACCCUCCCUUGGCCUUCGGUCAUGCUCCCCGCUACGACACCACUUCCGAACUUUACUCUGGCUCAGACUCAACCGGCGUUUCCAACCCCGCAGAUUUCCUUCGUCUUAGUUCUGUUCCUAUCUCUGAGGGACCCGGCCGUUCUCAAGAGAACAUCCCCAACUCGGUUGACUUGGGUCUAGGCUCUCAAGAUGAUCCUUUCGUCAUCUCUGACUCUGAUGGUAGCGAUAUUACCUAG